CGCAGACGAGUCUUUUCAUAUGGAUCCGCUCGUAUACAGUUUCGUAUGUGGAGAGUGUCAGCAUUGCUAUCUCUUGUAGUUUACAGAAACUGCUGUGCUUUUGAAAGGGGCGACCUUGGAAAAGUUGCUGUCAUUUGCGAAGGAGUGUGGUGUGGAAGGGAAAGUUAAGAUCACAUGACAACACAUUUAGGGAAUAAUGAUUUCUUCAAAAUAUCUGUUUUACGGUUAUACAACAACGUCAGCACGGCUACAUUCAAUUGUUAGGAGUAAUUCAGGUGGUAACUGGUUCAGUGGUAGAAACAAGCAAGAACCUGUUGUGACCACAAGAGAGGGUGCUGCACCACUACACAAGUCAACAAUCACACAGUAUCCGGCAGCAGCACCACUCCCGCUGCCUACUAAUGUUGAAGAGUUUGAAGCUGCUGAAAAAGCUUGCUUCUCGCCAGAGAGAUCAAGAGAUAUAUCUGGACCAGUAAUAACUGCAAAAGCUGUUUCCAUUGACUGGCAAGAGAAUGGCUGUGGGAAAACGGAAAAUGCUUCUGAUCCACAUGUGGCAAGCUACGACUGCAGAGGUGCUGUUUCUUUGAGUUCUGUAAUGCAGACGAAUGUCCCACAGCCCUUCUCAUCACAAGGCAAAAGCACUUACCUCAACAUGCCUGGUGGACAGUGGGGCCAGAGUGAUAAAUAUGUAGCCGAAGAGCUGAGAAAUUCCCACUUUUCAAAUUCGGCUGCUGAAGCCCAUGAGAAAUUUGAAAAAAAUAAGAGAUCAGGUAUUUUAGCACUUAACUGUUUUGACAGAUUAAAUUCCAGGAAUAAUGCUUUGCUGGUCAGCUUUGUGCCCACAAGAUACUGCAGCACUAACGAUGCAAACAAGCCCCUCUCUCAAAAACAAAAGCUAAAGCAAGCUGUGAAAGAUUAUGGUGCAACUGUGAUUGUGUUCCACAUUGGUAUAUCAUUAAUAUCUUUAGGGGGAUUCUAUAUAGCUGUAUCAAGCGGACUAGAUGUUGCGGCCUUGCUUCGGACAUUUGGUGCUAGUGAUGUCGCUGCAGGGGCUAGCACUUUUGUCGUGGCCUAUGCUGUUCAUAAAGUUUUUGCUCCUGUGAGAAUUGGCAUAACACUAACAGCAGCUCCUUUCAUUGUUCGCUAUUUGAGGAGGAUAGGUGUUCUUAAAGUUAAAACUGGGUGAACUAACUAUUUCUAUAAAUGUUUAACAUUCCUUUGCCACUUGCACUGAGAGAGGUUGACUGACAAAUUACUAAAUGAAGAUUUUUUUUGUGUUUGUGUCUCUUUGUGAUUUUUACAGAUAUGCAAAAUAAUUAAAAUGGGUAUGAUAUUGUAGUGUCUGUCAAUAAAUGCAGUAAUAUAUACAGUAAAAUGAUCAUUCCAAAGUGUGAUCCUUGAUAUUGGUAGUUAGUUUCCUUUUUCUGACUUUAAUGUGUUUGUAGAAAGAUGUUUGCUGUAAUAAUUUGAUGUUACAGUAUUUUCAGACAUAUCAUUAAAAUUCAUAUUGAACUAGUUUAUACUCUUUUGAAUGUUGAAAAGUGUGCUGAAUUGGAAGAAACACAUGUAACUAAGUUUUUCAUGUACACUGCAGCACAAAAGUAUGUAAUCAUCAGUGCAUUCUUGCCUUUGUGAUAUUUGUAGUGCAUCUUGAUCAAUACUAAUACUGUGGUGCUGUCAGUUCUUUUACCAAGACUAUUCUUAGUUAGUAUUGAAUAUGUAACUUGAUACAAAGAAAACGCUUCAUAUGUUACUGCCACAUUGGUUGCAUUAGUUUGUUCAUAUAAAAUUAAUUGGAAAUAGAGUAUUUUUGCACAUUAA